AUCAUCAUUUAUCUCAGUUUUUCUCUCUCUUCACACCCCUCCUUCUCUGGUAAACAGAUUUCGGUUGAGAGGAAGAAGAAGAGCCUCUCUUUCUUCUUCCUCUUCCUCCUGUGGUUCUCUAUCUCUGAUGGGAAUGGGAAUGGGAAAGUCCCCCUUUGCCUUUUGAUUUUCACCAUCUUCAAAUAUGAAUGCACCUCCACCUCCUUACGUCAUGCUACCGGAAAAUUAUGGAAGCAAUCAUGGAAACGUCCGGCCACCACCCUAUCGCCGCAACGUUCCCCGGUACUAUUCCCAGAAUCAAAAGAAAAGUGGAGGAACAAGUUGUUUAAAAUGCAUAUGCUGUUUUUUUUGCUUCCUCUUCUUCUUAAUAUUAAUCAUGGCAGGCCUUGCCCUGUAUUUCUAUGCCAUUUUCGACCCCCAAAUGCCUUCAUAUAAAGUCGAGAGCCUUGACGUUAGGUCCUUCAACGUUGAACUGGACUUCAGCCUCUAUACCGAGUUCUCGCUCACCGUGAAAGCCGAGAACCCUAAUAAAAACAUUGGAUUCAUCUAUGGCAGCGAAAGUGCGUUAACAGUCUUGUACACUGAUUCAACCCUUUGUUCUGGGAAGCUACCAGCAUUUCAUCAAGGUCAUGAGAACACAACUAGAAUGAAAGUUACUUUGAAGGGGAAGAGUGAAUUUGGAUCAGGGCUUCAACAGGCCCUGACGGAAAACCGGCAUACCAGGAGGAUUCCGUUGCUGGUGAGGGUGAAAGCACCGGUGAGUAUCGUCGUAGGGACGAUUCCGAUGAGACAGUUCGUGGUUUUCGUUAAUUGUUCGUUGGUGGUUGAUAGCUUGUCGCCUAACAAGAAACCUGGGAUUGUGUCCAGCAACUAUAAAGUGGCUGUUUCAUUUUGAGUUCAAGGUCUCAUUUUCUUGUGUAAGGGCUGUUGGUGGUGCAUGUGAAAGAGAUCAAGAGCGAAGGUAUCUAUCUGAAUAUGGGGAUAUAGUUAUUUCUUACAUGAAAGAGCCAAUCAGAUCUUCCUCUGUAUGUUAUUCAUGCAAUAGUUUAAACUGUUUGUCAAAGAUUA